CCAGCUCACUUUCAAACAAAAUGAGGCAAUGUCCUCCGAUAACUGGGUGUGUCUAGAAUGAGCGCGAUUUUGAGCAGGCUUUGCUACAUAAGGCAAAGUCCUUUUCUUGGUGGUGGAAGGCAAGUUCUGCGAUAUGUACCUGGAUUGCAAAGUGCUCAAAGUCCUCGACUUUUGAAUGCGGCUGGUCGCUUCAAGUCAACGGACUCCAAAGAUGGACAGGCAAUGGAUGUAUCUACCUAUCCGUUGGAGAGAACCCGCAACUUCAGCAUCAUAGCACAUAUCGACCAUGGCAAGAGUACUCUUGCUGACCGAUUGCUGGAAUGCACUGGUCUCAUCGAUGCUAGUGCCAAGAACAAGCAAGUUCUGGACAACUUGAAAGUAGAGCAGGAGAGAGGCAUCACAAUCAAAGCGCAGACUGUGACGCUAUUCUACAAUCACAAGGGAGAGGAAUACCUCAUCAACUUGAUUGACACACCUGGCCAUGUUGACUUCUCGUACGAGGUGUCGCGUUCUCUUGCGGCAUGCGACGGCUGUGUACUCUUGGUUGAUGCGUCACAGGGUGUCCAAGCUCAGACCGUUGCUAAUUUUUACCUCUCGUUCGAAGCCGACCUGUUUUUUGUUCCCGUUCUGAACAAGAUCGACCUAAAGACUGCCAACGUCCCUCGCAGCAUUGAGCAGCUAAAAUCGCUGACUGAGUGUGACGAAAGUGAAAUCUUACAGAUGUCAGCAAAGUCUGGUCUUGGUGUGGAUCAAAUACUGCCGGCAGUUAUCGACAGAAUACCACCGCCAGAGCGUAGCGACCGUGACAAGCAACUGCGGAUGCUGGUGUUUGACUCCUGGUACAUUCCCCACCGCGGUGCUCUGUGUCUGGUGGCUGUCAAGGAUGGCUCACUGGCUGUUGGCGAUCCUGUCACUUCCGCGCACUUUCAGAAAGACUAUAUUGUCGAUGAGGUUGGCAUCAUGCAUCCCCAUCGGACCCCCGUGACCCGCUUAUACGCCGGACAGGUCGGGUACAUGCUGUGCAACAUGAAGAGAUCACAUGAUGCACGCGUGGGAGACACAUUUCACCGGACGGGUGAGACAAUCACGCCAUUCCCCGGCUUCAAGCCCAUCAAACCUGUUGUGUUUUGUGGCAUCUUUCCCGUCGACCCCAAUGAUCUUCAGAUGCUAACAAGCGCCAUGGACAAGUUGACGCUGAAUGAUGCUAGUGUGGAUGUGCAACGCGAUGCCAGUGCCGUUCUUGGUCAAGGCUGGCGGCUAGGUUUCCUGGGAAUGUUACACAUGGAGGUGUUCACCCAGCGCUUAGAGGAGGAGCAUGACGCCCACGUUAUUUGUACUUCGCCAAGUGUCAUGUUCCAAGCAAUGAUGACCAAAACUGAAGAGUUGGUAAUGAUUCGCCAACCAGAGAAGUUUCCCGACCCAGCGGAGGUGUCCUACUUCAAGGAGCCGAUGGUCAAGGCCACACUUAUUUUCCCGGAAAAGUACGCCGGCAAAGUGAUCUCGCUCUGCCAGGGUCACCGCGGUGAUAUACUUGACCGUGUCUACAUAGACAGUACGCAGCUGAUGAUGAAGUUCCGCUUGCCGUUGGCAGAAAUUGUCGUCGAUUUCUAUGACAAGCUAAAGGGGACUACGUCUGGCUAUGCAUCAUUUGAGUAUGAAGAUGAUGGCUGGGAGGAUUCGAACCUUGUUAAGUGUGAAAUCCUACUGAAUGGAGAACCUGUGGACGCAUUGGCCGUCAUCUGUCACCGUACUAAGGCUUUUAAGCUGGGCAAGGCAGUGUGUGGCUAUCUGAAAGAAGAACUACCCAGGCAGUUGUUCGAAAUUGCCAUCCAGGCACGGACAGGCAAGAAGAUCAUUGCAAGGGAAACUAUCAAAGCGAUGCGAAAGGACGUCACUGCUAAGUGUUAUGGUGGAGAUAUAACACGUCGCUUGAAGCUGCUCAGCAAGCAGAAAGCGGGCAAGAAGAAGAUGAGAAUGGUGGGCAACAUUGAAGUGCCCAAGGAGGUCUUCAUGAAGGUCAUCAAGCAGAAGUGAGUGGCCAGUGAGCACGCUCUGUCCUGCUGUUUUGGAGCUAUUGUUGGUAGUCUGAAUGCUUUGCACACACCACUGACUAUUGACAUUGUACAUAUGGACAUAUCGUGAGGUCUAUCCCAUUCUCUACUGCCUUGUACAUGGCUGUACAUGCUGUUUCUGUUGUAGAGAAUCUUUGGUUUGAUGUUUAGCUGUUUCUGAGCCACUUGUUGUGCGCUUUGUUUAUCCUGUUUCUGCAUUAUACACACUAUAGGGGUUAUGCAUGGAUCAUGGGUGUUUUAGUAACAUGCUGGCCUGGUGCAGUUUUCACAAAUGAUGCUGUGUAAGCAUUGGAAUGCUCGUCCCAGUAACUAUUUUGCCAUGCGCGUUUAUAAAUUAUACUAGGUAUUUCUAUUUAUUCCUCUUUUCCAUGUUACUAUUGUGAGCUAACAUUCUGAUUGCUAACUAUGCAUAGAACUGAUAGAAGCCUGUAAGUCAGAGAGAUUUUAAAAGACAAAGCACUUAUGUUGCAGCGCAACACUGUGA